CAUAUAACGAUAAUAAAGAUGUCUCUGAUAUAAAUAUAGAUGCAAAACCAACUGGCACUAAUAUUGAAAUACUUAAUCAGGAUAGUACAAAUAAUUUAAAUUCUGAAGAUGUGGAAAUCUAUGAAUCUUUAGAAAAUAGAGAAAUGUUUGAAUUAUCAGAUGAAGAAUCAGAUAGUAAAGAUGCAAAUGACAAUGAAGAUUUUGAUAAUUAUUUGCAAGU